CGUCGGAGCGCCAUAUGAGAGGAGUUGCUGCACCCUGCAUUGCAAGUCUUUACUAGUGCGCCACGUACCUAUUCGGGGAUGUAAGGAUGUGGUAUGUGCAAAGGAGAGGCGUGAGCGGAUGGGUGACGCCACAUUUGGUUGGACGUACGUAUUGGAGGGAUAUCCGCAAAAAUCACGGCAUCUGGAACAUUGAGGGCCGGGCAUAAGUAUGAAAUUCGUGGUUAAGUACUAACUGCUAGUUGACCAUCCGUUGACCGGCAUCAAACGAAACCCCUUUCGGAGGAAAUGGUUAAUCCUCAUAUGUAUAUUUUACCUCUUCAUCAAUUCUAACGGCGUGGCAAGACCCAUGGACGCUCGUCUGGGCCAAGUCGUCCUCGAUAUCUUCUCAGGAGGAAGAGAAGAUUCUGGAUCGGAUCCAGAGAAUGAUUUUGAAUUGUUGUACCCUGCUUAUUUCGCCGGGUUUUCUCUCGCCUUAUUUACGUCUGAAAUUGUUCUGAGGACGAAAUCUGUCCAAAAUCUCUUGGCGCAUUUACGACACCCGCGCGACGAAGAUAAUGAAGUGGAAGAGGACGAGGGCGGUGAGGAAGGAGGGACGUCGUUGGAUAAUAAAUCGUUAUCGCAGCGGAGUACACCGAUUGUGAAUUAUAACGGCGGACCUUGUAUCUUCACGUACAAGGUUCUUCGCUUGAUUGGAUGUUUGGCACUUGUUGGGUUGACGCUGGUUUCUUUGGCUAUGAACGAGCGACGUCUAGAGAGCGCACCAAGGAGUGAAUUUGGAAAUUAUAGGGAAGGUCAGCCCAGAUUAUCGGCGUACAGGACAUUCGCCACUGGUAACGAAGGGAGGGAAACCUCAUUAUGCCUCACAUAUAUCUAUGCAUCUUUCCUUGCCCUACUCGCCGUGGCGGUCAACACCCGAUGGGCCAAAGUCGCCAACAAGCACCUCGUAUGCCUCCUACUCUUCACCUGGUUCAUCUUCGCACAUCGAGACUUCUGGCCCCUUGCGACCUUCCAUCUUCAUCCACUAGACUUAUGGGACGAACUCCUUUGGGUGAAAAUGAUUGUGUUGACGUUUGUCGCUGUCGUCAUUCCUCUCGUCAUACCGCGUCAAUACGUACCUCUUGAUCCCAAGAAUCCAACAGACGUGCCAAACCCUGAACAAACCGCCUCAUUCAUCUCACUUCUCUCCUUCUCGUUCCUCGACCCACUCGUCUCAGCAGCAUAUCACGUCCCGCACCUCCCUGCGGAGCAAUUCCCACCUCUAGCAGAUUAUGAUUGCUCAAAGGUUUUGAAGAAACGUGGAUUUAGACAUAUUGAUCGCUUUUCUGGAGCGCGGAAGGAACAUUUGUUCUUUUCACUUCUGCGGAUCUUUAGUCGGGAGUAUGUCAUUAUAACCGUGAUGAUUCUGCUCAAGGUUACGGGCAUGUUCCUAAGUCCCAUUGGAAUUAAUAAGUUGCUAAGCUACCUGGAAUCUGGGGAGCGCUCUGGUUCAGUCCGGCCUUGGUUUUGGAUUUCGUGGCUGUUCUUGGGACCGAUGUUGCGCGCGAUCGCCUCAGAGUGGUACAUGUACUACACUUGCCAUGUAUCAGUGCAAGCCGAAUCAAUCAUCAUGCAGCUCGUCCUCGAACAUGCACUACGAAUUCGUAUGAAAGCCGAAGUAUCUUCAGCCAAACGUAAACCUGCUUCUGUAUCAGCUGAACGGAACAGUGCUACUGAGGCCGACACACCAAAGCCCAAUCGUGCCGCCAAUGUCAAUCUGGCGGGAAGAGUGAAUAACUUGGUGACCACUGACCUGUCUAACGUCAUUUGGGGGAGAGAUUUUGUGCUGAUCGUCGUUCAAGGUCCUCUGGUAAUUGGACUUAGUAUUUAUUUCCUGUAUCGUAUUCUAGGAGAGAGUGCCUUCGCAGGACUGGUUGUAAUGAUAGUUCUCUUCCCUCUACCGGGAUACAUUACAAAUCUAAGCCAAGCAGCACAAAUAAAGAGAAUGCAGAAGACUGAUUCUCGAGUCAGAUUUAUCACAGAGACUUUGACUUCUAUUAGAAUGAUCAAGCUUUUUGGAUGGGAGAACAAUACGCAACAGAAGAUUUUCAAGAAACGGAGCAAAGAACUCAAGUGGACUCAAGUUAAGCGUAUUAUGGACUUAGCGAACUCUACAAUCAACUUUGUUAUCCCUUUGUUGACAAUGGUGACGACGUUCGCGACAUAUACGCUUGUCAUGAAGCGAGAGUUGACAGCUUCUGCUGUUUUCUCUUCUAUGGCUGUUUUCACCAUCCUUACGGAGCAAAUGCGCGAGGUUUUCCGCCGUAUUCCACAUUCCGUUCAAGCGAAGGUUUCUCUUGAGCGUGUUGCUGAGUAUCUCGAAGAAACAGAGCUAUUGGACUCUUUCCGCGAAUGGAAGCCGAAGAACAGUCGACGAACAAGUGGAAGGACUAUUGGGUCUAGGAAUCAGGAUGCUAUUGGUUUUUCGAACGCUUCAUUCGUCUGGACUGAUGCGGAUGCAGCACAAGAGGAUCUGGACCGACAUUUCCGACUGUCUGUGGAAGGAGAGCUGACUUUCAAACAGGGCGAACUGAAUAUGAUCAUUGGACCAUCAGGAUCUGGAAAAUCAUCUUUGCUCAUGGCUUUACUGGGUGAGAUGCACUACGUCCCACUAGGAUCCGAGUCUUGGUUCAGCCUUCCACGUCAAAAGGGCGUUGCAUUUGCCGCACAAGAAUCAUGGGUACAGAACGACACUGUAAGAGAGAACAUUCUAACUGGAGCUCCGUACGAUGAAGAGAGAUUCAAAAAAGUCCUCUACCAAUGCGGUUUGGAACGCGAUCUUGGCCUAUUCGAAGCUGGUGACUUGACAGAAGUUGGAGAAAGAGGUAUAACUUUGAGUGGUGGUCAAAAGGCUAGAUUAACGUUGGCGCGAGCUGUGUACUCCUCAGCCGAGAUACUACUACUGGAUGACGUUCUUGCUGCUUUGGAUGUCCACACCUCGCGGUGGAUAGUAGAGAAGUGCUUCAAGGGUGACCUGGUUAAAGGACGAACAAUCCUCCUAGUCACGCAUAAUAUCGACCUCGUCCUGCCCUAUGCAUCCUACGUUGUGUCAUUAGAGGCAGAUGGACGUGCUUCGGGUCGAGUUCCAGAUGUUGAAGCAGCGGACGUUAAGAAAGAUCAAUUAGAAGUCGAUAAACUUAUAGAACCGCUCAGUUGGGAAGUUAGACGAGACGAAAAGUCUACCAGUUCGGGAACACCAGGAGCAGAUGGAAAGCUUGUACAAGCCGAGGAAAUCGCUGUUGGUCACGUCAGCUGGGAAUCAAUAUUCUUCUAUGUCACUAGUAUCGGAGGUCCAUUAUUCUGGAUAAGCUUCCUUUUGUCUACGCUUCUCGUUCGUGUGGCAGAGGUCAUGCGAACUUGGUUUCUUGGGUAUUGGGCUACACAAUAUGAGACACACGAUCCUUCGGAAGUUUCUAUCACCAAAAACCUGGCGGUCCUGUGUGCGAUAAUAACUUCGGGGGUAGUCCUGUAUUUCUUCUCCACGUUUAUAUUUAUACAUGGUGGUAUGAGAGCGUCGAGAUUUAUCCAUGACGAACUCAUCUCGGCUGUCCUGGGCACUACUUUACGGUGGCUUGAUAGUACACCGACCGGUCGGAUCAUUGCUCGGUGCACACAGGAUAUCAAACAAGUCGACGGCCCAGUGAAUCUACGACUUGGACGAGCGAUAGAACUGUCGUUCACGCUCCUAGUCGACUUCAUAGCAAUAGUAGCGAUGUCGCCUAUUAUCCUUUUUCCUGGGGCAUUGGUAGCAGUGCUUGGCUCGUGGUGUGGGCGUAUUUACAUCAAGGCGCAGCUUUCGGUCAAGCGCGAGAUGUCAAAUGCGAGAUCUCCUGUGCUGAAUCAUAUUGGCGCUGUUAUGGCUGGUCUCGUGUCUAUUCGUGCAUAUGGCGCUCAAAAAGCAUUCAAGAAGGAAUCGCUUAAUCGCAUUAACACUUUCACGCGAUGUUCAAGGAUAUUUUUUGAUUUAAACAGAUGGGUGGCCCUUCGAAUUCAAGUGUUAGGCGCGAUAUUCUCUUCUGCACUGGCUGCCUACCUCGUGUACGGAGAUGACCAUGGACCUGGAACCGCUAGCGACACAGGGUUCUCCCUCAACUUAGCAGUCGGAUUUAGUACAAUGAUUCUCUCGUGGAUAAGAGCUCUCAAUGACUACGAGGUUUCUGGUAUUAGCUUGGAGCGUAUCAAAGGGUAUAUUGACAUAGAGCAAGAGCCAAAGCCUAAUGCGAAAGGCGUUCCUCCGGCUUAUUGGCCAUCAAGUGGAAGCCUACAAGUUGAGAAGCUUAAGGCUCGCUACUCCCCUGAUGGACCGGAGGUUCUCCAUGACAUUUCUUUCGCUAUCAAACCUGGCGAGCGGAUUGGUGUAGUUGGCCGUACUGGGAGCGGGAAGAGCUCCCUCACGCUGUCCCUUCUCAGGUGCAUUUACAUCGAAGGAGACGUCUUUUACGAUGGCUUGCGGACGAGCGAUGUUAACCUGGACGCAUUACGCCAGCAUAUUACGAUCAUUCCUCAAGCUCCCGAGCUGCUUCGAGGAACUCUGCGGGACAACCUGGAUCCGACAGGUGAACAUGAUGACGCGACGCUCAAUGCUGCUCUACGAUCAGCAGGUCUUUUCUCGCUUCAAAGUGAAGACAACGAGCGUAGAAUUACUCUCGACACCCAGAUCGCAUCGGGUGGCUCAAACGUCUCCGUCGGUCAACGACAAGUCCUAGCGCUUGCCCGAGCGAUUGUGCGCAAGAGUAAAUUACUCAUUCUUGAUGAAGCCACAUCGGCCAUCGAUUAUGCUACAGACGCCGUUAUCCAGAAAUCGUUGCGGACGGAACUUAGCAAAGAUGUAACUUGUAUCACUAUCGCCCAUCGGUUGCAAACUAUCAUGGAUGCUGAUAAAAUCAUGGUAUUGGACGCUGGAAGAAUAGUUGAGUUUGAUUCGCCACACAAUUUACUUGAGAAGGAGGGCGGAUACUUUAAAUCACUUGUGGAUGAGAGCGGAGACCGUGACGCACUGUAUGCAAUGACGUCGUCGAAAAAGGACUCAAACUAGCGCAUUUCUCCGUGCGCUUAGGGUUUAACUAGAUACGAGCUUGUAUAGAUUGUUCAGAGCAAGUAGGGCCGAUAGUGUGGUCCACCCCGG